AUCAGCUAAAAACAGCUCACCUAUCAUGUGGUGGUAGAUUUUUUCCUCAGUUCGGUAGUUUUCGCCAGAGUUGGCGUAAGAUAUUUAUAUACAUUUUUUCUAAAAUCCUUGAAAGUGCUUUCGUCCAGCUGAUAUGGGUGAAGACGGCCCCUCGGAUGACUACGAUCCAAAUGGAGAUCCCAAGGACGAUCCCCGGGAAAGAAGGCGAAUCCGUCACGAAUAUCGUGAACUGAUCGCCGAGACUCAAAAAAAUAGACAUAAUUUUAUCAAACCAGAAUCAACUGGCUUACAUGAAGCACUUGAUAAAGCUGAAGGGUUAUUUAAGAACGCCACCCAUACCAGAGAGGCUGUUCUGGAUGCACAUUUUCUAGUCUUAGCAUCAAACCUUGGAAGUCAACAGGCUCAGCAGUUGCAAACACACUUGGUAACAUUUGAUGCAGAUGUUUUUGUUGAGAAAUUGAUAACUUUUAUGGGAGGGAGAAGUGUUUCCGAUAUGACUGGAGGAGAUAAUGAGGAUGAAGAGAUGGCUGGUGGGAGGCACCAACCCCCACCUCACCUUGACUGGAAGAAACUUGGUAGAAAAGCCAGUGUAGCGUUUAGGAGAACUCCAAAUGUUGACUUUAUGUUUGGUCCAUUAUCCAUGGAACCUCCUGUAAAAGUGCGGAGAGAUAGAAAUGCUGUGAAAAAAACUGAAAAACCUGAUGCUAAUCAGUUAGUCAAACCAAAACAGUUGGAGAAGGUAGAAACCAAAGAGGAAGCAACGACUAAAGAAGUAGACAGACUACAUAGCAUCCUUUAUGAUAACACAGUUUCUGAGGAAGGUGAAGAGUGUGAAUUAACUCCAGUGUCUCUGUUCAACUUUAUCAUCAACCCUAAUUCAUUCGGGCAAACAAUUGAGAAUCUUUUCCACUUGUCUUUUCUAGUUAGGGAUGGUCGAGCAGACAUAAGUCUUGACGAUCAUGGACUACCAGUUGUAUCAUACUCAGAAAUGCCUGGUGAAGAUGAACAGAUGGGAAAGCAGCAAGUUGUUGUUCAUCUCACUUUGAAAGAGUAUAAGGAAAUUAUUAAAACAUUCAACAUCACACAGCCAAUGAUUCCACCACGCCCAAGGAUGGACCUGGCCAAUGAGGCUGGUCCCAGUAAUAAUGGAAAUGAGAGUGAUGAUGAAGGAGAAGAGGAAUACAGUUAGCUUUUUAAAGUGACUAGUGAAUGACAAAGUGGACCAAGGUUCACCUCCAAGAAAAAAGAGUUAUCUGCAAUUACUGAUUAAUACUGAACAUGAAGACAACAUCCUGUUUGUGUUCACAUCCUUUUUUACAUGAGGAGCUGCAGAACCUAUCAAUUUGUCAAUUUAAAGAGGAUUCAGUCUGUAUCCUGUUGUAAAGAACUUUGGGUGUGCUAGUUUUUCAGUCUCCCUGUUUGUUGAAUAGUUAACAGUGAUUAUUGUUUAAGAAGCAAUCUACAAUUACAUUGUACAUACAUAGGAACAUUAUUUUAGACCAAAGUAUACAGAUCUCUUUUUUUUUAAAUUUAAUAUGAUAAUAAUGCAUGAAAGUAACAAUGUUCUUGGUAUAAUCCUCUUUCAUAGAAAAAAAAGUUAUUGUAGGCUAAAAUUUUUGAAGAGAUAAGGCCAUCAGCUGCAUCUGUCACAUAUUUCCAAGCUUCUUGUUCUUUUUUUCAAGGGACACCAUACAAUGCAAUGCAGUAUUUGUAAAUUAUUACUUUGUUCACACUGAAAGACUUUGUGGUAAAUAAAUAGAAUGGGAUGUGAUAACGACUGGGGAACAAUAAUGACAGCCGCAGAAGAUUGAAACUUAAACAUAAGAAUUCUUAUCAUAUUAUAUUUAUUUUUUCUUUCUUAAAAGGAUAGAACACUGAAAUCAUUGUUUUCUAGUGCUUUCAAGAAAUCAUUAUCUAUGAAAGGUAAAGACAAGAGGAACACAGUUUGUUGAAAAUGAUCUAGAUGGACACAAACCAUGGCACAUAGCUUAUUCUCAACCUAUCACUCCCAAGAUCUAAAUUUCAACUCUCCACACUGUUUGCUAUAAUCUUAUCUCAGCCUUAAGAAGUUUUUGUGAGAUCAAACUAUAUCUCCUAGUUGAAAUUUUUCUUCCCCCUCACAAGCUUCCUGUUCUUAAAGCAUGUUGAUAUUGUUAAGGAAAAUUAGUUGUUACUUGUGGAAGGUUAACUAAGUGCUACAAAAGCGAAUAGGGUUGUGGACCUAAGCAGAACUAUGUCUCAUCAAUAUCACAAAAAAAACAUUAGACUAAGAGAAGUUAUGAACUCAUAGUGAAAUACAUCUUAAAAUUUCAUGCUUAUAACAAGUACCUAAAUAGCUUUAAAAAAUUUUGAAAUUAGUAUUUGAACUGAAUCCCCAAGUUACUCUCUUCAAACAUGAAGGGGUGAAAAAUGGAGACAUUUGCAAGUACACUUGAUGCUUGUAUUUUGUUCAGAGGUUAGAGUACUUUAUAGGAGAAUACAAUUUGGAGAUUCUUGGUAAUCUUAUAUGUAAAUUCAGAGUUAGCUUUGAAUUUGGAUAGGAAAUAGUGUAAUUUUAAGGUUACAUGUAAGUGUAUAUUUUUAUUUAAGGAAGAGUUACAGUUGAAGUCUGCUCCAAAAAUUAAAUUUAGUUACUAAU